AUGCACGAGAAUGUAGGACCAAGAAUUUUCGGAAAAAACCUUGAUAAUCAAGCAGAGAAGGCAUCAAAGAAUCUAAAAAGCAAAAAAGACACGAAACUUGAUGAAUUGGGAGGGAAGGAAAAUCUCAUAAAUGAUGCAAUUUGGACCAAGGAGGGUUUGAGUAAAUUGGACUCUCCUUAGCUUGUUAGCUUGUAUUAACAAGAAAUCUAUGAAUUUUUGUAUGAAAAGGAAAAAAGUAUGGGGGAACCCAAUUUUCAAAUGGCUUCCACGAAAAUCAAUGAUACUGUGAGGGCCACAACAGUUAGAUACAUAGUCAAACUAGUUAGAUGCUUCAAUUUAAAGCCUGAGACACUCUUUUAGACUGUUGAUUUGAUGGAUCAAACAAUCCCGCUCCUAAAUCCAGAAAUAGGGGAGUUGGAGCUUGUUUCAUUGACAUGUCUUUUUAUUGCAUCUAAAUACGAAGAAAUAUACCCACCUCCCUUAGCAGCAUUGUUAAGAGCUACAGACAUUAAAACAAAGGAUGUUAUUGAGAUGGAGAAAGAAAUACUUAAUAAGUUAAAUUUCAAUGUUAUCAGUGAUAAUACGUUGGUGUGGUUGCAAUUAAUAGGAGAAAUGUUGGGGUACAAUUGCAAAUACUCUGAUUAAAUAAAGCAAAGAUGUAUGAGUUUAGCAGAGACAAGCUUAACUUCUUCAUUGUUUUUGAAUCACAAAAAAUCAGCAAUCGCUUUAAACAUAUUUAUGGCUGUGGAGAUCAAUUUAGGUUGUCAAAAAACAUAAUUUAAAUGGGAAAGACUAACCUAACAUUAGAAACCAAGCAAUGAAUCAAAAACACUCAAGUUACUGACUUAUAUUUUGAAAAUCAAAUGAAUUUACUUUUUUAACUUUUUAAUAAAUCUAUUUUC